GCCUCUGAUUCUGAGCAAAUCCAUUCCGCUUCGUCAUCCACCCGCUUUGUCCCCUUUGCCUCCCCUCGUGUCCUUUCGCUGCGUUCCACAAGGGGAAGCAUGGCAUGGCAUGGCAUGGCCUGGCUGCCUGGCCCACCUUCAUCGUAAAGGUUUGCGACUCUAAAUUGGCCGUGGCGUGAGUGGCCGUGUUGCUCUGCCCGCCUGCUGCAAGGAGUCCGAUGCACGCACACACGCACACAGGCAAGAUCCCCCGCUCGCCCUUGUCCUGCCUCUGCUCCUGCCUAGCUACUUCCGCCACCCACUUUCACUCCCCGCACAGUGUUGAUCUGUCGCAUCGCAUCGCAUCGCUCAGAGUCCCUCAGCAGGAGAAGUACCACGACUGGAUCAUCCUGCUGAGAUCAGAGUUCGAUCGGCGUUUGCAGCCCAAUCAACGGUGCGGAAUGCUGACGGUCACCACCGGGGAAAAGGACAGGACAGGACAGGAUGCGCGAGAGGUGCAGGCAGGGCGGCUCCCCCCUGGGCGUAGUAGACUCGACGCCGCCGGAUGCGAUGCGAGUCAAGCUCUAGCUCCCACACGCUGACACACACACACACAUACACACAGUCGGCGUACGACGUAGAGCUUACUCGCUUCACGCAUCUGUCACUCACUGCCUGUGGCACAUCGCCCCCGCAC